AUUGUUUUAAAAUUACAAAUUAGUCCGUUCUUUUAUUCCCGUACUCGUUCCUUCUUCUUCUUCUUCCUCUCAUCGUCAUUUUCUCGAUUCUCACUCUUCCGGUCACCGACUAAUUCUGGUUAGCUCACAUUCCUUAUGCUCAUUCAUCCACAGUUCCCUAAUUAACGCUACGAAUUUUGUUUCUCCUCUUAUUUCUUCUUUCCUCUUGUAGAAUAAGGUUUAUCAAAAGAAUAAGAAUAAGGUUUAUCUCUUAAAUCUCCGAUAAUUAGCAGAGUUUUUUCAGGAUUGAGUUUGAUUUGCUGUUUUGGAAUCAUAAAUUUUGCGUUUUAGUGGAUAAAAAGCUAGCUUUGAAAGAGUUAUUGCAGAGAAAAAAAAUGGGAUCGAGAGGGAUUAUCAACGAUAAGUGGUCAAUGAGGAUUCUAUGGGGUUGUGCUAUCGGAAGUGCUAUUGGUUUAUACAUGGUUGCUGUAGAGAGACAAACUCAGAACAGGGCUCGUGCUAUGGCUGAGAGUUUGAGAGCUGCUGAAUCACAAGGUGAUGGUGAUAAUGUCUAAUAUCUACCAAGUAGUGCUCAGUUGAAUACUCUCAGUUGAGUUUUUUUUUUUGGUGUUUGUUUUUGUUAUAAUGACUUCUUCUGCCAAGAUGGUGUUGAUGUAGUUUCUUUUUUGCAAAUAAUCGUAAUAAGGUUUCGAAACUUGGAGAGUUGAAGUUGCUGAACAUACGAUUUGUGUUAUCGCAAAAAAAGUUAUUUCUUAUGCCUG